GAACGAUCUAACUAAACUUAGCAUCACCAAAUAGCCACUUCCGGUGAAAAAUUGAGAUGUUUUGACUUUUAACGUCUUUAUUCGUUUUUUAUCAGCAACGAGCCCUUGCUCACAGCAGAAAAAAAUGGCUACCGGACAGUUACAAACUGGGAUUCCCCCACUGACGCAGGCUCCACCAACCAUGUCGCAGGUUGACAGAGAGAAAAUUUAUCAGUGGAUUAUAGAGUUGACAAACCCAGAGACAAGGGAAAAUGCAUUACAAGAAUUAAGUAAAAAACGAGAAGCUGUGCCUGACUUGGCCCCAAUGCUGUGGCAUUCAUUCGGAACAGUUGCUGCACUUCUUCAAGAGAUCGUCAAUAUCUAUCCGGCCAUCCACCCACCACAUCUUACGGCCCACCAGUCCAACAGGGUAUGCAAUGCUCUAGCCUUACUACAGUGUGUGGCCUCACACCCAGAAACCAGAUCUGCUUUUCUUCAAGCUCACAUUCCGUUGUUCCUGUAUCCGUUUCUUCACACUAUCCAUAAAACCCGCCCAUUUGAAUAUCUGCGGCUGACCAGUCUGGGUGUAAUAGGUGCUCUAGUCAAGACAGAUGAACAGGAGGUGAUCACUUUUCUGUUGACCACAGAAAUAAUUCCACUUUGCCUGCGAAUAAUGGAGGCAGGAAGUGAACUAUCAAAAACAGUAGCUACCUUUAUUCUACAGAAGAUUCUCUUGGAUGAGUUGGGGCUUUCAUACAUAUGUCAGACAUAUGAAAGAUUUUCUCAUGUUGCUAUGAUUUUAGGGAAAAUGGUGCUACACUUGUCUAAAGAGAUGUCUGCCAGGUUAUUGAAACAUGUUGUCCGGUGCUAUCUGAGGCUGUCUGAUAACCCCAGGGCCAGAGAGGCACUCCGACAAUGUCUGCCAGACCAGCUCAAGGACAACACUUUCUCUAGCUGUAUGAAAGACGACAAUGCCACCAAAAGAUGGCUGAUGCAGCUACAACAGAACCUGGAAGCUCCGGGAAUCCCAGACCCCCGGAGUAUGCCCCUGUCCUGAUCCAGGUCACGCAGUACUUAUGUUCAUAACCCUGUCAUGUGAAAAGUUCAAAUCAGAACUUAUGGAACAUGUAAAGAAAGUGAGGGCAGUGAAAGAUUUGAAUGUUGGAUUAUGAGAUUUUUGGAUGUAGAUAAGUUGUUGUUUUGUAUGUGUGAAAAGAACCUGACUUUAGAGUGCUUUCAUAGUGUCAUUGAACCGGAAAAUAUCAGCAGAAAAGAAAGAUGGAGAAUUAAUUGAUUCAAUGAUGCAUUGUUACAGCAAAGUAAUUUCUUUUUUGUUUAUUUUUAUAGAAUGAAAAACAAACAUGGACAUGUACAUUUAUAACACAAGGGUGGCCAUUUUUAUGACCUUAAAAUGUUAAUUUCAUUAUGCAGGGAUCAUUUUGUGGUGUUUAAUUGUAUAUCAAGUAUGCAAAAAUUAUGACUUAAAUUUUACCAAACACUACAAAUUUACUAUUCGAUUGUGAAGAAAUCUCAAGUAUUGUUACAAAUCAGGGAAUUUUGAGUGCUAAAAUUCAGCUCUGAAAUUUUAACCAUGUUUGUCUAAAGAAAAAGAUCCAAUUAAAAACUUGAAGAUCAUGGAAACA